AUGGCCUUGAUCACCAGCGAGUUGCGGGCGACCUCGUUCGAAGACAACAGAGCGCCAUUACCACCUCCUCCAGACGUUGCGAUAACCCCUGCUGGUACACUGCCAAAACCGUACUUCAUUGAGAACGGCCUCCGGCGAGUUGCGCCUUACCAUUUCACGUACAACACAUACUGCAAACAACGAUGGCGAGGCCGAGAGAUCCUAGACAUUUUCGCGGCAGAAUUUCGUGACCGCACAAGGGAGUAUUACAAGGAAGCGAUAGAGGCCGGGCAAAUCAUAAUCAAUGGCAAGCCAUGUAAAGAUGUCCAUACCAUUGUUCAGAAUGGAGAUGUCAUUUCACACACGCUUCACAGACAUGAGCCGCCGGUGACCGCGCAGCCUGUCAGAGUCAUUCACGAAACGGAUGAUAUGAUUGUGAUUGACAAGCCAGCCGGGGUUCCUGUCCACCCUGCGGGUCGCUACAACUACAACUCGGUCGUUGAGAUCAUGAAAGCAGAACGACAACUUGGUUUCAAACCGCUACCAUGCAAUAGACUCGAUCGACUGACCAGCGGGGUCAUGUUCAUUGGCAAGACCAGCAAAGAAGCUGAGGUCAUCAGUGAGAAACUACGCGGGCGCACAGUACGCAAGGAAUAUGUUGCGAGGGUCAAGGGCCGAUUCCCAGACGGCGAGGGUUGGGAUGGCAAUCCUAUGAGAGGUGGUGUCGUCAAGUGUGAGGAGAGUAUCCUCCAAAUCAGUCCCAUCGUGGGUCUGAAUAGAGCCAGAGCAAGCGGAAAGUCUGCAAAGACUUUGUUCAGAAGGUUAGCAUACUAUCCUGCAAACAAGCCGCAUGCCUCGAGCGGUACCGACCCAUCAAGUGUCUCAAACGUCGCCACAGUGGCCCAACCUGCGCCGGCGAUAUCUGGAACAGAGAAUGAUGGGUAUAGUAUCGUUCAUUGCCUGCCAUUGACAGGGCGCACGCAUCAAAUUCGGGUUCAUUUGCAAUUUCUUGGACACCCAAUUACCAAUGAUCCCAUCUACAGUAAUAGGGCAGUCUUCGGACCGUCUCUUGCGAAAAACGAGUCUACUGGGGAGAACGACGAGGAGAUCAUAGCCAAGUUGAAGAAGAUUGGGAAGACGGAAGUUUCGGACUCGAUCUCAUACGAACAGCAACGGCUGGCAGCGAGGGUCGAGCAGACACAGCAAACGACGGUUUCAGAAGCAUCAAGAUUGAAAGAAGCACAGGACAAAUCGAACUUUAAGCCGUUGCCCGAAGGUACUCUGCAUGCAGGUUCGCUGGCUGGCUUGGGCGAGGACCCGAUGCACGACGACCCUCAAUACGGAGCAUUUGUCAAGGCACACGACGAAAUGGUUGCAGACUACAACAAGCGGAAAGGUGAGAAGAUGACCGGAGAGAAAUGCGCAAUCUGCGAUACACCGCUCUACUCGGAUCCAGGACCACAUGAGCUGGGUAUCUAUCUCCAUGCGUUGUCCUACGCUGACCUGACGCCGGGGAGCUGGAGCUAUCGUAGUCCUGUACCUCAAUGGGCUUUACCGCCUGGAGGUCAUGACGGCCCACGAGACAUUGGCGAAUGGGAAUAUCGAGGAGAUGAGGUUCUGGAGAUAGGUGACGAGAGAGCGGAUGAGAAGAGCAGGAACCUCCUGGGCGCGAAGAAGAAUAAAGGAGAAGAGGUGUGA